AUCCCACACCAGCCGCCGCCGGUUCGAACUUCUGUUGUUCGCUUUUUCCCCACAAACAUGCUGCUCGCCUUUUGCUGUCCCACCUGAGCACAGUCCGCCGCCGAAGAGGAAUCGCUGUCCUGCAUGUAAAAAGAAACCUCGCUGUUUUCUUACCUCAAAUGCCCACUCCGGGAACCGUAAGGAGGCCGGGCUGCGAAAGCUGUCGCUCAAGACAUAUCAAAUGCGAUAAAGGAGCCCCUUGUGGGCAGUGUGUCCGGAAAGGCAGGGCUUGUGUCCGUGGUACCAAGCUCAAGUUCAGACACAUCACUGUGCCGAGUGACACCGAUGGUAAUCGUGGAGAAGCCCAGUAUGAGUUCUCUGAUACACAAAAGUGGUGUCGGGUAUCAGGCAAGAGAAUACGCUUCAUCGAUGAAACUGCAGACAUAAACAGCCUCCACAACGAUGGAUUCGACUCUGACGACGACGACUUUGUCUCGAUUGAAGACUUCCCCCCGAGCCCCCCGAAGCCGCAACCGCGGCGGACUAAGAAGACCGAUCACGACUUUGUCAAGCCAUCGCCGAAGAACCGCCCAAACCGUACCUCCGAUUCAGCUAUCAACGAGGCUGAUCGAAGCCUGCUGCCCAUCGAACAAGGCCAGCCGUACCCCUUGAACAAGCUACCCGCACUGCACCCUCAUCCUGCUUUCCGAAGCCCGUCGUCAGGCCACUUGGAAUCAGAUGAUGUGCCACAUUCCUUCUCUCCGGUUCCUCGAAGCCAAAUUUCCGUGCCAAUAAGCGACAUUGGCAGCGGUAGCCACUCCGAUGAUCCCAGCUUGCCCGAGCCGCGUCGAUCGUUCAGUUCUGCCAACUUUCCGUUAGAAGACCGUCGUGAGGCAGAUUUGGUUCGGCACUUUAGGGAGUUUAUCGCGGGUUCAUUCGACUAUGGUGACCCGCACAAUCGGAUAUCGACACUUCUUCUGCAGCAUGCCGCUCUCAGCCCCGUGCUGCUCAAUGCCGUCUUAGCUGUCUCAGCAAAGUCAAAGGAUGAUGGAGUUAGUCUUAACUUCUUUGACAAGCCUGCAGAACGGUACUAUGAGAUAGCCAUGGAGCUCCUCCAGCCUGUCUUGGAUGAUACUGUCCUUGAGGUGGACGAAGCCCAAAUUGCUGCUGCUGUUCUGCUGAGGCUUUAUGAAAAUAUUUACACCAUACCGAUAUGUCAAAAGACACCUGCGACCCCAAUAUGGAAGUUCCUUUCUACUCACAUAAAGACUCCCGCACAUGGUACUCUCCUGGAGGCAGCAAUGUGGGCCUGGAUACGCAUCGAAAUUUUCCGGUCCGUCAUGAGAAACGAAAAGCUCGACCUCGAAAUAGAGCACGUUGAUUUCGAUCGCUCCCUCCAACCAGCAGACGACGACAUCUGGGCAUGGCGGAUGUGUCUCCACACCGUUGACGUACUGAACUACUGCUAUGGAGACAACAAACGCCGCGAGACCUACGACCAGCUCGUAUCCUACGCCGCGAUGUGGAUGAGGUCGGUUCCGGAGUCGUUCACGCCGGUUUUGGUGCAAGCCCCGUUGCGUGGUAGCUUCUUCCCGGAGAUUCUUCUUCUGAACGAUUCCGUUGUGAUGGGGCUUCUGUUCUAUCAUGUAAACCGCAUUCUGUUGACGAUACACAAUCCUGAUGGGCAGCGCCUGGCUAAAUCAUCCAAGCAAGCGGCUCGGUCGAUCAACAACGAGAUUUUUACCGACGUGAAAAUACUUGCUGGUAUGGCAGAUUCGAUCAGCCCAUGUAACCCAGCUCACGUGUCUGCAUGCAUGGCAAUAGUAUUGGCGGGGGACCGUUUCACAAUCCAAGAAGAGCAAGAAGUCCUCUACGAUUUGUUAUCAAAUACUGCAGAUGACUUUAGCUGGGACGUAUCAUUGAUCCUAGCGCACUUGAAAAAGUCAUGGAACUGGCCCGAAGACAUGGUCUUAUAGUCUAUUUCUAGCAACUUUGUUCUAUCAACCAUUCCAUCAUGCUUGUACAUAGCAUUUCAACCCUGUAAGAAAAUGAAAAGAGUAUUUGACGUAGGUUCAACGUCAUGCAAUCGCCCGUACCAAGGUUCCAACGGCAAUUCCUCGCGAAGUAACGUGCAGUACCAAUCAGAUGUCUUUCGCCAAUUAUUGAGUGCCCCCCCUUCGCAUUACUAGGCCUCCCGAUAGAGCCUUCGUCUUUUGGACCAUGGAAUAUUAUGGUGC